CUGUAUCUCUGUUUUUCCCCUGUUUUCCCCUGUUUUUUGUUUUGUUUUUUUUUUUCGUGUUCCUCUUCUUCUCCUUGAAAAUGGAGAAAAAGGGUACCAUUUUAAUGCAAAGAUAUGAGCUUGGGAGGCUUCUUGGACAGGGAACUUUCGCCAAAGUCUACCAUGCUCGUAAUCUCAAGUCAGGCCAGAGCGUGGCGAUUAAGAUUAUUGAUAAAGAGAAAGUGCUGCGUGUUGGGUUGAUCGAUCAAAUCAAGAGGGAAAUCUCUGUGAUGCGCCUUGUCCGCCAUCCUAAUGUGGUGAAGCUCUAUGAGGUGAUGGCUAGCAAGACCAAGAUCUAUUUUGCCAUGGAGUUUGUCAAAGGUGGGGAGCUUUUUAACAAAGUGGCUCGAGGGAAGCUCAAGGAAGAUGCUGCUCGUAAGUACUUUCAGCAGCUCAUUGGUGCUGUUGAUUAUUGUCAUAGCCGUGGUGUGUAUCAUAGAGAUAUCAAGCCUGAGAAUCUCCUUCUUGAUGAGUUUGGGAAUCUUAAGAUUUCGGAUUUUGGGUUGAGUGCUUUGGCUGAGUCUAGACGCCAAGAUGGGCUCCUUCAUACCACUUGUGGUACCCCUGCUUAUGUCGCCCCUGAAGUCAUCAACAAAAAAGGUUAUGAUGGAGCUAAAGCUGACAUUUGGUCAUCUGGGGUUGUCCUGUUUGUUCUUCUAGCUGGUUAUCUCCCUUUCAACGAACAAAAUCUAAUGGAAAUGUACAAAAAAAUCACCAGAGGAGAAUUCAAAUGCCCUCAAUGGUUUCCCCCAGAAGCUCGCAAGCUCCUCUCAAGAAUCCUCAAUCCAUGUCCUUUCACAAGAAUAAACAUGGCCACACUCAUGGAAAAUUCCUGGUUCAAAAAGGGUUUCAAGGCAAAUGUAGCAACUCCAAAACCCCUUCAAAUCAAAGGCGACAUCUCGUCUAUAAGCGAUGUCGAGGUCGCUUUAGACGAGGGAAGCUCUGUUAGUAACAGCAGCAUUGAGAGUGGAAGGCCACCAACAAGAACUAAUUCCUUCAAUGCAUUUGAUAUCAUAUCCCUCUCACAAGGUUUUGAUCUGUCAGGUCUGUUUGAGAAUGAUAUGAAUGAGAGGCCACCGACACGGUUCACGACGACGAAACCAGCUUCGACAAUCGUGUCGAAGUUUGAAGAGAUAGCAGAGAUGGAGAGGUUCAAAGUGAUGAAGAAAGAUGGGAUGGUGAAACUCCAGGGAAGUAAACAAGGAAGAAAAGGGCAGUUGGGUAUAGAUGCUGAGAUAUUUGAAGUGACACCUUCUUUUUUUGUGGUGGAGGUGAAGAAAACUGCAGGAGAUACCUUGGAAUACAAGCAAUUUUACAACAAAGACAUGAAGCCUUGCCUUAAGGACAUCGUGUGGGCUUGGGAAGGAAACGAACAACAACAGCAUCAGCAGCAGCAGCCGCCGCCGCCGCCGCAGCUCCAAAUCCAAAAUAGAUAAAGAACAAAAAAAAAUUGUAAAGUCGUUCGGUCUUGUUCAUGUUCUUGUUCUUGUUCGUGGGAUUUUGAUGGUGUCCAUGUGUGAAACAGGGGGAGGUGAUUUACUUUUUAGUUGGUUUGUAAUUAGAGUGUUUGUUUACAGCCUAAAAGAUAUUCAAUUCUCAUUAUUGGUUUCGUUUUAUGUGAAUCAAAAUAAGAACAUGAAGUUUGUUGAGAUGCUUAAUCAUUCAA